AUGUCACUCAAUCUUCACCAGCGUGGCAAUCUUUUCUGCAAUAUUUUAAUUAACUGCUUUCCUACUCGAGUGUACGGUCAAAUGGAAUACUACCUCUCCUUCCUCAAGUUUAUUACUAUUAUCCUAAUCGUCGUACUUGGACUAGCCAUCGACCUCGGCGCGUCCCCCCAAGGGCGGCUUGGUUUCCGAUACUGGAAAGAGAGACCUUUCCCAGAUAAAUACCUGGGAACAACUGGUACAUCAGGACAUUUUCUAGGCUUUUGGGCAGUUAUAAUGCAGGCGUCCUUCUCCUUCUCCGGCUCGGAGUUUCCAGGCAUCGCGGCUGGAGAAGUAAUUGAUGCCACCCGUAACGUUCCACGAGCGUUGCGUAAAGUAUGGAUCCGGAUAACACUAUUCUACCUUGGUGGGGUGCUCGUUUCCGGUCUCCUAGUUCCAUAUGACGACCCUUUCCUCGCACUCGGCGAAAGCCCUGGUCAUCAGAACGGACAUGCAUCCCCUUUUGUCAUUGCUUUCACCCGCGCGGGGUGGAAAUUGAUGCCAAACGUCGUAAACGCGGCCAUCCUUCUCUCCGCCCUCUCCGCCGCUUCGUCAGAUAUCUAUAUCAGCAGUCGAUUCCUAUUCUUCCUUGCUCGUCAUAUCCUCGAGCUCGUGUGCCUCGCACGCAGCCCAAACACGGAGAAUUAUCCACAGAAUCAGAUUCUGACAGCAAUGAAGCCACUGACGGAGACAUUGGUGACGAGAACCUUGGGCUUGAGGAACCAGCCCUCGUACCUGAUCAGAUUGCCGGGGAACAAGUACUACCUUCGGCCCAGGUGA